AGUCCCUCGUCGGACCAUGAUUCUGUGACUUGUCAAAUGAUCGAGACUCGAUGCACCGCACGUUCAUGAGGAGAAGGCUAGGAGGCAUGUAACUAUUCACUGAGAGUCCCGCGCAGGUCUCCCGAGUAAGUAGACACAAUCUCCAGCCUCCAGGGCGCACUACGGCUUAUAGUAGAUCUAUCCGGCGAUGGAACCCCGUUCAGCCUAGCCUGCCAAAACGAUCGGCAAGAGGAGCCAAAGAGGAGGAGCAUUCCUAGAGUGUAUCACUGGGUGCAUCACUGAUCAGGUCAACCUGGUGAGACCUGGUGAGACAUGCGGGAGACUCGCAGCGACGGUCCUUCCUACUUGGGUACAUGAAGCCGCGUUGAGCGAGUCGUCUGUCGAUCCUGACUAUCCGCUGCGAUGUCAAUGGCAGAGGCUGCCAUUUAUGCACAAGAGGCAUUCACGUCGUCUUGUGUCGACGUUGCAUCCAACGCGCUCCUGCUAUAUGAAUACAUUACCACGUCAGACAGCGAAAUCUCACUGUUCUGGGUCAGAAAAUGGCCUGCCUCAAUUGUGUUUUUCCUCGUACGCUUCUUGAUGCUGGCGACAGCACUUUUUGGCCUAGCCACGAUGGCGUCUGCAGAAAUCACGAAUGUACGUCUCAAUCACUGCAUGGCAUCGAUAAUAUUCUCCAUGUUUAUCCAGUUCACCAGUUUGGCGAUGAUCGCGGUGGUCUCAGCCAUGCGAGUCUAUGCUGUAAACGGCCAUCGAUGGCUGGCUGCAGCUUUCACACUCAUUGUCGGUGCGGCACCCGUCGGUGUCAACGUGUAUGCUGCAAGCCAAGCCUCGAUCUACCUCACGGACGGAAUAUGCUCAUACCAUACAAUGACAACCAGCAGAGAGGGGUUCAUCUUUGCUCUCCUGUCUCGUCUAUGUACCAUCACUUGUGAUAUCAUCGUCGUCACUACCAUCUGGGUCGAGACAUACGGACUAAUGAAGACCCACGUACGACCGCGCUCGUACAGGCAAUCGUUGAUAUGGUAUCUCCUAAGAGAUGGAACUAUAUAUUUCAUCCUCAUGUUGGUACUCAACAUUGUCGACAUCUGCCUCGUGUACUUCGACGACGAAGUCGACUUUAUUCACAGCAUCAUUCUCCCGUUCUCGCUGAUCCUCAUAUCCCGGCUCCUGAUCAAUCUCCGCGAAGUCGCGUACCGCAGAGACAUGGAUCGUACGACUUUGUCAACAUCCUCCUUCGAGAUAGAGACGCCAUUCGAGAUAUCCACCGUCUUCUUCGAUCCAGCUGUGGAAAUACCGGAGGAAUGCUUUCGCGAUGAGGGCGCGGACGAAAUCGAGAUGAUACACAGGCUCAGGGAAGUAUGAGUUGCCAACGAACGAUCGUCAACUGUAGCUAUAUGUUGCGUCACGCGGAGUAUGCAAGUGCGUUGUUUUCAGCGACCAGGAACUUAUCCUCGACUGGGGUCAUUGUUCGCCGGUGGCGUCUCUAGUCGUCUCCCCGAGUAAUGUUAAUCGAC